CAACAAUAUAUAAAGCAGGUCGUUGACUGUUCUUGGUCGACAACAAUUCACAAUGUGGACACUGGUUGUUAUCACGAUGGUCAUGUGGGGUGUUGAUGCCAAGGGAAUCAAACUUCACCUGUCAGAUGAGAUGAAGUCCAUGUUAGAGAAAUCUGACUGGGACCACCAGGACACAGCUCUGUCCAUUCACGGUCCAAUGACUCUAGAUAUCCAAUCCAGCUUUAAACUUAAGAAGGGACAAGUCUUCUUAAAAUCACGGAUUCAUAGCAGACACAAGGACUGUGCACACAUCAAGAAACACAGGCCGUUGAGUAGAGAUGGAGUGUACAUAAUUUACCCAACCCCGGAGACAAACAAGACUGUGUUCUGUGACAUGACCACUGAUGGAGGGGGGUGGACGGUAAUUCAAAGGAGAAUAGACGGGGAAACAAACUUCUACAGAAACUGGAAAGAUUACAGAAAAGGAUUUGGUCACGCUGAACAUGAGUACUGGUUGGGGAAUGACGCCAUUCAUGAAUUAACAAAAGAUAAGAAACAGAUUCUUAGAAUUGACUUGAUGCAAUUUUCGAGAAAGAAAGGUCAUGCGACAUAUUCGUCAUUUUUUGUUGAUAACGAGGCUAACAAGUACAGACUGACGCUCGGAAGUUUUAACGGAACCAAAGGUUUAGGCGAUAGUUUGAGCGGGCAAAGCAACAACAUGUACUUCAGUACUAUGAAUAGUGAUAAUGACAACCGCAAAGGAAACUGUGCAGAGAUCUACAAAACUGCAGGAUGGUUCAAUAGCUGUUUCAGUACCAAUCUGAAUGAUGAGAUGAAGUCCAUGUUAGAGAAAUCCGACUGGGACCACAAGGACACAGCUCUGUCCAUUCACGGUCCAAUGACUCUGGAUAUCCAAUCCAGCUUUAAACUGAAGAAGGGACAAGUCUUCCUUAAAUCACUUCAUAGCAGACACAAGGACUGUGCACAUAUAAAGAAACACAAACCGUUAAGUAGAGACGGAGUGUACACAAAUUACCCAACUCCGACGACAAAAAAGACAGCGUUCUGUGACAUGAGCACUGAUGGAGGGGGAUGGACGGUAAUACAAAGGAGAAUAGACGGGGAAACAAACUUCUUCAGAAAGUGGAAAGUUUACAAAAAUGGGUUUGGUCAUCCUGAUCAUGAGUACUGGUUGGGAAACGACGCCAUUCAUGAACUAACAAAAGAUAGGAAACAAAUUCUUCAAAUUGAUUUAAUGAAAUUUUCGAGAGAGAAAGGUCAUGCAAUGUAUUCGUCAUUUUUUGUUGAUAACGAGGCUAACAAGUACAAGCUGAAGCUUGGAAGUUUCAACGGAACCAAAGGUGUAGGUGAUAGUUUGGGAGUGUCUAACAACAACAUGUACUCCAGUACUAUGGAUAAUGAUAAUGACACCGGAAAAGGCAACUGUGCAGAGGCUUACAAAACUGCAGGGUGGUUCAACAGUUGUUUUCGUGCCAAUCUGAAUGGGCCGUACACAAAAGACUCGAACCAGGAUGCAAAGGAAUUAUUUUGGUACAACUGGGGAUCCACAUGGAGAUCGCUUAAGUCGGUUAAAAUGAUGAUACGACCAAUGUGA